GUGUGCCAGCUUCCACUAUCUUCUAUCUAUCUAGAACGCGAAUGGGUUUGUGGUCUAUUCAAUCUAUCAAAUCUCGUUCUUUCUUUUAUUGCUUAUAAUUACUUGUGAUCAAACGGCACAUGACGUUCUGAAGAUGGAGAGAGGUAAAAUUAGUAAAAUACUUGAUAUAUCAUGGAGAUUUGGAGUGACUACAGCAAGUAAUGAUUGCGACAAUGUUGCUAAGUCAUUUCUACAACUUAAGUUAUGUCUUGAGGAUGAUGGUAUAGUCAAGAAUGUGUUUACUGAAAUGACAAUAGGACAAUUUUACAAAUUUCUACAUGAUUUAGAAAAGGCAAAAUGUAAUAUUGAUUUGUUGCUGUAA